UCAACAUCACUCAGCUAUACCAAAAAUGAUUCUCAAAGCUGUAUGUCUCCUGGCCUUAGCCGCCAUCGCAGCCGCCCAACAUGAACAUCACCACGGGUAUUCCUCCCAAUACAUCUCGAAACACGACGGCCACGCGCAAGUGGUCACCAUUAAGGACCACCACGGACACGAGAAACACAUCGACUACUACACUCACCCUAAAUACGAGUUCAAGUACAAAGUGGACGACGAUCACACGGGCGACCACAAGACGCAGCACGAGCACCGCGACGGCGACGACACCAAGUCCAACUACCACGUCGACGUCAAACACAUCGUUCCUCACCAUCAUCACUAGUGGGAACCACAGCCAUCACAGACUAGAGUGUCCCGUGUGUCAGCGUUUAGUCAAUAUUACUUAAUACGGCUGUUCACCACCAUCAUUAAAAACACUGAAUAGAAUUUUAAUGCCACUAUGUUAUUUAUGUA